AUGCCAACAAACCAGAUGAAAGCACCUCACUCCCUCUCCUGUCUCCUCUUUCUGACUCUGGGUGCCUGCUUUCCUCCAAGUGACAGAAGAGAAAUUGGAGAUCCAGUGGAUGGCAUGGGCAAGGUCCAGAUGAGAGGGGCAGAGCCGGCAGGUCACCGGCCUGGCUUCCUGGAGGGCACACCCAAGUGGAAGAGAUUCCAAGAUCCAUCCUCCCUGUUCGUCAUGGCAAAGAAACUACAGGGACUUGGUAAAGAGCGAGCCGGUUUCAGAUUCAGGUUUGGGAGGCAACAGGCAGGCAACAAAGCUGCCAGCAUCUACACAGCAAGUGAAGAAAAGCAGAACGGUCUACUGGGGAGCCUGGCCGAGGAACUCAGUGGCUACAUUAGAAAGAAAGGUGGUUUCAGCUUCCGCUUUGGCCGCUGA